UAUCAAUACGUGAAACUUAGAAAAACAAGUUGUACAGUACCCACUUCAUAAUCGUUGAACUCGCUCCUUAAAAGCAAAACCAAGAUGAGCACUAACCAAGACGAAGAGCGACAUCACAGCCAGAUGCUUGGGCUUCGAUUGGCUGACCUGGAAUUUCAAAAAAGACAGGAACCUGCAGAAACCGACUUCAGAAUGGACGACUCGUUUGUGGCCUUCAUCCGUGCCAAAUCAAGUUUAGAUCAAGAUUCUGAGAAUCUUGUUACCGAGGAGAUCACAGCUCCGCCAUCUGAUGAUCCAUAUCCCUGGAUGAAGUGCUGCGGCCGUAAUUUUACUCGCUCAAUAUUUUCCUUGCAGCCGAGCCGCCAACCAAAACGUGGAUUUUGGCGCCACCAUCGUUCUCAUUCCAAAAUACAGGAAAACUAGCCAAUAACAUAAAUACAUAAGUGCAUCUUAAUAAUCUACCCUACCUGGUGAACCCUGUAAGGUUGCUACACAAGUGCAUUUUCUUCUAUAGCUUCUUUAAAUAUGUACAUAUGUAUGUACAUAUAGCCAUAGGCAUAUAUGUAAAUGUAUA